UUGAGCUGAUGGAUCUUCAAGGAUUUAGCAAGAGUGCUGAGGCAUCCCUCAAGGGUUGGUGCUGAAAAAGAGAGCAGCAAACAGCACAACAAGGACAGUCCCCCGGGGAGGAGACAGCUGUGACGCAAGAGACAGUGACUGGUGGAUCUCUGCUAAAGCAGAGCAUGGAGCCUGAAAUCAAAAUGGAGGAGCAGAAUGUGGCAGGUCCUGACCCAGGAGAGGGGAGGGGAGGGCAGGCUCUUCCAAAAAUGAUCAAGGAAGCUCUCUCUGAGAAAACUGAGGAAAAUGUGAAACAGGAACCAGAUGAAGGGCCAUCAAGAAAUUGGGAUGCCCAGUUGCAGGAGUUCCUCAAUACGCUACAGGCCACAUAUUCAGAAGGGGAAAACCCUCAAGUACCUGAGCUGAGGCAGUGGUGUGGCCCUAAAACAUCUCAAUUACUCUCCCAAAGAAAACUGGAUCCCCAAAAGUGGCCCAGAUCUUUGUGGGCUUCCCAAAUCCAGCCACGACUCAUUGGGGAAGCCCAAGAGGACCAUGAGACCAAUCUGGAUGCAGCUCAUAGUGGGAAGCAGAAGGCAAGAACUCUGUCUGGGGAUGCUGCCGGGGUGGAGAGGCAGCGCCGGUGUUUUCGUGAGCUCUGCUACCAAGAGGCUGACGGGCCUCACAAGCUUUGCAGGCAGCUCCAGGCACUUUGCCAUCAGUGGCUGAAGCCAGAGAGACACACCAAGGAGCAGAUCCUGGAACUGGUGACCCUAGAGCAGUUCCUGGCUGUCCUGCCACAGGAGAUGCAGAGCUGGGUGAGGGAACGUAACCCAGACAGCUGUGCCCAAGCAGUGACCCUGGCGGAGGAAUUCCUUCUGAGGCAGAAAGAGGCCAACAGCUGGGGAAAGCAGAUCACAGAAGAAGAGUUUGUCAGUCUCCCCAAGGCAAACCAGUCUCUCCAGAACACGACAAAGAUGCUGCUUUUCACACAGGCUGAACAGGAGGCUGAUGGGAGUGUGAACAUAUUGAAAGGUGGUGGGUGGCUCAGGAAAAGCGAGGAUCAGAAUCCUUUGCUGGAGAGACCUGAGCAACUGGAGCGACUGAAGACAUCGCUGAAAACAGCCAAAGAGAAGGAUUUCCUGCAUCAGUGUGAAGCUAAUGGGAACCAACAUGUAGCAGAAAGGCAGAAUGGAAACAACAAAGAAAAUGGAAUGGAUCCAUUUGUUCUCCAACAAAGUGUUUGCAAAGGUGCCAAUGAACCCGUCAUCCAGCAGGAUAAGGAGGAGGCAAAAUACGACAAAUUUGGGGAAAACUUUGUGGGAAUGUCACUCCUUACUACACAUGAGAGUGUUGAUGCAGAGGAGAAGCCGUACCAGUGUUGGCACUGUGGGAAAAGCUUUAGUAGCAGCUCGGAUCUUGUGACGCACGAGAGGACCCAUGUGGGUGAGAAACUGUACAAAUGUUCCCACUGCGGCGAAAGUGAGAGAACCCACACAGGACAGAAGCCACAUAAGUGCUCACACUGUGGAAAUACCUUUGGCUGGAACUCUCAAGAGGGGCUCCUCGCAGGAGAGAAGCCUUACACAUGUUCUGAGUGUGGGAAAAGCUGCAGUCAGAGAUCAGACCUCCUUAAACACCAGAGAACCCACACUGGUGAGAAACCUUACAAAUGCUCAGUGUGUGGGAAAAACUUUAGAAACAGCUCAGGCCUCAAAGUACAUCAGAGAAUCCACACAGGUGAGAAGCCAUAUAAAUGUUCGCACUGUGGGAAGUGCUUCAGUUGGAGCUCACACUUCAUAUCUCAUGAGAGGAUCCACACAGGGGUGUGCUCCUACUGCGGGAAAAGCUUUGGCCAGAAAUCCGAACUCAUUGAACACGAGAAGACCCACACAGCAGAUGAGUUGUUUGCGUGUUACGCCUGUGGGAAAACUUUUGAAGUCAGUUUGGAACUGGUGGCACACGUGCGAACCCACAAAGAGAAGCCGUUUGAAUGCUCUGUCUGUGGGAAAACCUUCAGAAACAGUUUGCAGCGCAUCGCACAUCAAAAAGUCCACACAGGAGAGAAGCAGCAUAAAUGUUCCCACUGUGGGAAAAGCUUUAGCCAGAGACAGAGCCUUAUUAUUCAUGAGAGAAUCCAUACAGGAGAGAAGCCGCACAAGUGCUUAGUCUGUGGGAAAAAUUUCCGAAAUGUCCCGAAUCUUAAAUCGCAUGAGAGGACCCACACAGGAGAAAAACCAUACAAAUGCUCCCACUGCGACAAAUGUUUCCGGUGGAGUUCCCACCUUGUAUUGCACGAGAGAAUUCACACGGGAGAGAAGCCCUACAGAUGCUCAGACUGCGGGAGAACCUUUGAUAGGAGGUCGAACCUUCUUGUCCAUGUGAGAAUCCACACAGGGCAGAGGCCGUACAUCUGCUCAGACUGUGGGAAAAGUUUCACCUCAAGCUCUGUUCUCCUUCGGCACCAGAAAAUUCACGUGGGAGAGGAUGUUUGUAGGUGCUCCGAAUGUGGGAAAACAUUCAGGCAGCGGUCAGACCAGGCAGAGAAGGCGUCAAAAUGUUCCGAGUGCGUCAGAAGCAAUUACUUCAGCUCGGAUCUUGUCAAACGCACACGGACUUGUGUGGAUGAAAAGCCAUUCAAAUGUUCGGUCUGUGGAAAAACUUUUAGGAACAGCUCACACCUCCUUACUCAUCAGAGCGUCCACACAGGAGUUCAGCCGUAUCAGUGUUCAGACUGUGGGCGAAACAUUGUCAGGCGACCCAAUCUCCUAGCGCCCAUAAGUGACCAGGCAGGGCAGAAACCCUAUAAAUGUUCCAGCUGCAAGGAAAGUUUCAACUAGAGAUCAGUUCUCAUGAGAACUUGGGGAAAAAAUUGAUAUUGAAUCUGCUUCUUUUCACCUCCCUUAAUUUUUUCUUUCUUUCUGUACCUUUAAAAACUAAAUAUACCUUGUGCUUACCGUCCUCUUGUUGGGGGCCAUGGAAGCUGGUGGGUUUAAAUAAAUAAUAUUCCAUUAGGAGAGAAACCAGGUUUGUAGAUUGCAUAUAUACUCUGCAGACUAUGGAAACAGUUUCCUCCAAGAGAUGACCUUAAAGAAAUAGUUUUGUUUUUAUUGGCAAUCACAAGGAUGCAAAUUGGUGGGAAACUUACGGCCCUUUAAAUGUGAUUGGACUACAGUUCCCAUCAACCCCAGCCAGGAUGGCCAAUGGUGAGGCAGUUGUAGUCCAGCAAGUUCUGGAAAGCCACAGAUUCCCUGUCUGCACUAUUAACAAAGGCAAAGCCUCCCACUUAAUCACAUUGGUUUUUCCAGAACUGGGGUGUUAUUACAGCAACUCUGGCAGAUUCUGUUAAGAACUGGGCUUUGCAAUUUCAUAUACAGUAUUCUAUUACAUUUUUAAAUAUAUUUUAGGAUCCUUUAGUAUACCAUUUCACUUAGAGAUUUCAGGAAGCCUUCUCCAGUACCCUUUCCUAAGGCCUAGGAACUUGCUCCCUGGAAUAAGCAGACGAAAAAAGAGAGCAAAGCUGUGAUUGUCAGAAGAAUUUUUUUUAUUGAUAACCAUCAUCAUGUGAGUUGUCUGAACUUGUGCAAAAUGGCAGUGUUCAGACACCCCUGUUCUUCCAUCCUCUAUCUCUUUUUCAUCAGUUGCCAUAAGCAUUGUUGGACUGAUUUUGCCUUCAAGCAUGGAUGUGAUUUACGCUACAACGAUACUAUGUGAAACAGAACGAUUAAAAAGCAGACAUGUGAUGUAUGAGGUAUAAAAGUCUAGCUCCAGAAAAAGCUUUUGCUCUCACAAGGACGACUAUUAGGACGGUGGAAGCCAAAGUUGCUUGUGGGGGUAAUUCUUUCACACAACUGUUUAUCAAUUCUUUUCCCCCCAUCCCUGGUAAAGAGGCUGGCACUCAAAGACCCCAGUGUUGGAAUUGCAUUGGGAUGCAUACCCAGGCACCCAGAAUGUUGCCAUGGGGAGUGCGCCUGUCUGGUAUCCCAUCCAGCCAUGCCCCCUUUCCAGGAUACUCUAUUACUAAUCUUUUCCCACUCCCAGUUUUCCAUUUUUCACCUGCAACGGAAUAUCUUGCAACCAGUGACCUUUCUGUGCUGCUUUUGGGGUUCCCCUGCCCCAAUGUUUUUGUCUGCUUCUUUCCCUGAACUUACCGACAUGUCCCUCUUGUGCAAAGAUGGCAUUGUUUUGGCUACAUAAGGAUUUGCACUUGGAGAGUGAGCUCCCUAUUGGUGUAUAGAAUUUGAAUAAACUUGUCUUUUGCACCUGUUG